AUGCCAUUCAAAUUUCAUCUGAAGAAAAGUCGCCAGUACAACGUAGUGUCUAAAAACCAAUAUGUAAUAUGUGUAGAGCUGCUGGACCAGACUUCGAUAGAAUGUACUUUGGGGAUUGACAGUUUGGGUCAAGAGUGUCUGGAAAAUGUCACGCAGCGGCUGGGGCUGGGACAGCCCGACUUCUUCGGUUUGAGGUACAUCUGCAGACAUGGGGAGCCUUCGGCAAGGUGGGUUGACAUGGACAAGCCGCUGAAAAGACAGCUGGAAAAAGAGGCCAAGAGUUUCAGUCUGUAUCUCAGGAUUAUGUUUUACAUAACCGAUGUUCAGUUGAUACAAGACGAUAUGACCAGGUAUCAUUAUUAUUUGCAAUUGAAGAGUGAUAUUUUGGAGGGAAGAAUUCAAUGUAGCUCGAGACAAGCUACUUCGCUAGCUAGUUACUCGAUGCAAGCUGAGCUGGGGAACUAUGACCCUGCGAGACAUACUUUCGAGUGCCUUCAACAGUGUGCCUUUUUUCCUAAAGAUGUAAUAGAUGCUGAAGCAAAUGGUAAAGAUGGAUUGUUACAUUCAGCGAUUUGUCAGUAUAAAAGUUUGGCUGGAGUAACUCAAGCGGUUGCUGAAGAAUAUUAUAUAUCCAGCGUUGUUCAAUUAGAAGGAUACGAGUGUCAAUCAGAGCAUGAAGAAGCUAAGCAGUUUUUCUUUCGUGAUUCACGCAGCGCUAAGUACACAUGGAGGCUGUGCAUAGCUCAACACACGUUCUACAUGCAACAUCAGGAGUCUCGACCCUCUGAAAGAGUAACGGGAUACUUUGAUAGCGAUACUAAUGAUUCAACCGAGCAGACAGCUUCGGUGAAUUUAGAAAAUCGCAACACGGAUGACUCCAUGCGCUGGACUAGUUACAACGAUCUCUCGACGACGCCUUAUCCGCCAGUGGUUUCAGUUUCUUCCACGGAUCUUAACAAUCUUCGUGCUCUUCUGCCGUCUUACAGACCAGCACCUGACUACGAGACUGCCGUCCAGAUGAAGUACAACGGUGGUAAUCCUCCACAGCCUUAUUAUGCGAACCAAUCGACGAUAGUUAACGCUGAACUCUGUUUACUCGGCAAUGUUGUCAACAGAAAUAGAUAUUAG